GAUGGAAUAUAUGGGGAAUUGUAAGAGUUUAUUGCUUAAAUAUGAUGUAAAAAUACAAUAUGCUAAAAUUAAAGAAAGUAAUGUUAUAGCUAAACGUGAUCAUAAAGAAUUUGAAAAGCAUUCUGGUAUUCAACAAGGUGCUAUAGAUUUUUUGUUACCUUUAUCAAAUUGUUCUAGAGAUUAG